ACUCUCUCUUCCCCAUAAAAAUAUUGAUUAAAGCUUAUUAAAAUAAGCGCACAAGCUGGUCACUUUACCAGCUUUAAUUUCAUGGGUUUCUUCUAUAGCAGCAGCAAACACUUUGCUGCAAACAACCAAACUGGCAAUCUCAGAAGCUUUUGACCCGAUUCUUGCUCCAAAUCCGCUGAAUUGUUAUCUGGGUCUUUUUCUCUGAGGUGUUCUGUGAUUCUGAGGUUCCUGCAAGAAGAAUCCAUAUCAUAUUUUUGUGUUCUGCAGCAGCUCCGCCAUUGCUGAUCAGAAAACCGGAAAGAUGGAGCGGAGUAGAUUUAAUAUGAGGAUGCGUUGUUCGGCUUCAACGCUAUCAGAUGAGUCGGCCUUGGAUCUUGAGAGAAACUGUUGCAGUCAUUCUAAUUUACCUUCGUUAAGUCCACCAACGCUUCAACCCUUUGCAUCAGCUGGACAGCAUUCUGAGACUAGCGCUGCUUACUUCUCGUGGCCUACCUCAAGCCGAUUGAGUGACGCUGCUGAAGAGAGGGCAAACUAUUUCACUAAUCUACAGAAAGGGGUCCUGCCUGAAACUCUUGGUCAGUUGCCAAAAGGGCAGCAAGCGAAUACAUUGCUUGAACUGAUGACUAUAAGGGCAUUUCAUAGCAAGAUUUUGCGAUGUUAUAGUCUUGGAACAGCAAUUGGGUUUCGUAUUAGACGGGGUGUGUUAACUGACAUACCAGCUAUUCUUGUCUUUGUUUCAAGAAAAGUUCACAAGCAAUGGCUCAGUCCAAUACAGUGUUUACCCACUGCCCUAGAGGGACCUGGAGGUGUAUGGUGUGAUGUGGACGUUGUGGAAUUCUCAUAUUUUGGUGCACCCGAGCCAGCUCCCAAAGAACAAUUGUACACAGAAAUUGUAGAUGAUUUGCGUGGAGGUGAUCCAUGCAUUGGCUCAGGUUCUCAGGUGGCAAGCCAGGAAACUUAUGGAACAUUGGGUGCGAUAGUAAGGAGCCAAACAGGCAAUCGGCAAGUUGGUUUUCUCACAAAUCGGCAUGUUGCAGUUGACUUAGAUUACCCAAAUCAAAAGAUGUUUCAUCCCCUGCCUCCUUCGCUUGGACCUGGGGUAUAUCUCGGUGCAGUGGAGAGAGCUACCUCAUUUAUCACAGAUGAGCUUUGGUAUGGCAUCUUUGCCGGAAUUAACCCAGAGACGUUUGUGAGAGCAGAUGGGGCAUUCAUUCCUUUUGCUGAUGAUUUUGACAUGUGUACUGUUAUUACAUCCAUGAAAGGAGUCGGAGAGAUUGGCAACGUUAAGAUUAUUGACUUGCAGUCUCCGAUCAGUACCCUUAUUGGAAAGCAGGUGAUGAAGGUUGGACGAAGUUCUGGUUUGACUGCUGGAACUGUGUUGGCCUAUGCUCUCGAGUACAAUGACGAGAAAGGCAUAUGCUUCUUAACUGAUUUUCUUGUUGUUGGUGAGAACCAACAAACAUUUGACCUUGAAGGAGACAGCGGGAGCCUCAUAGUACUUAAAGGUGUGAAUGGUGAGAAGCCACGUCCAAUUGGGAUCAUAUGGGGCGGUACUGCUAACCGAGGACGACUUAAAUUAAAAAUUGGUCAACCUCCUGAGAAUUGGACAAGCGGGGUUGAUCUCGGACGUCUUCUGAAGCUCCUUGAACUUGACAUCAUUACAACUGAUGAAGGGCUUAGAGUGGCUGUACAAGAACAAAGGACUGCUUCAGCAACGGCAAUUGGAUCCACUGUCGGCGACUCUUCCCCUCCAUAUGCGAUGCUUCGAAAGGAAACAUCUGAGGAGAAGUUUGAGUCACUGGGUCUUCAAAUUCAGCAUCUUCCUUUAGAAGUGGAACCCAGCAGCCCACCUAGGAAUCCGUCUCUAGUGGAAACAGAGUUUCAUCUGGAAGAUGGGAUCAAGACAGUCCCCAGUGUCGAACAUCAGUUUAUACCAAGCUUCAUCAGAGGCUCCCCACUACAUAAAAAGUACCAGAUCGAUAGAACAGCUUCUGAGAAUCUUUCGUCGCUAAGGAAUGGCUGCGACGAAGAUAUUUGUUUUUCACUGCAGUUGGGCGACAAUGAGGCCAAGAGAAGGCGUUCAGAUGCUUCAACCAGUGCUGAAGAACGAAAAUGAACUAGAUUACUAGCUUAAGCUUGGGGAACCAACCCGUUAUGCAUGAUAGGAAUGCUAUUUUGAGAGAAUUAUGAUGAAGUUGAGCUACAAUGAUGUUUGGAUCCAAGUUAACAUUUCUUGUACUGUUGAUUUCUCCUAGAUCAAAGUUGAAGAUAAUUAGUAUGCACAACUAAACUUCUAUGAGGUUUAGCAAUACAUACUCCUUUGUGUCACUUUAUUUCCUUCUGUUUUGUGCCAAUGUGCCCCCUCUAAACUUCAACUUUGUGUUUUAAAGUUUCAUGCCAUCAUCUCCUUUGUGCCACUUUA